CAGAGAAUAAACACUUCUUCACCAGAACAGAUCGUUACAUACUUUGUUAUUCUGUCUUGAGCAAUCAUGCCUGAGCCAGCGAAGUCCGCACCUAAGAAGGGAUCCAAGAAGGCCGUUACUAAAACCGCUGUUAAGGGCGGUAAGAAGCGCAAGAGGUCCAGGAAGGAGAGCUAUGCUAUCUACGUCUACAAGGUCCUGAAGCAGGUUCAUCCUGACACCGGGAUUUCCUCUAAGGCCAUGGGCAUCAUGAACUCUUUCGUCAAUGAUAUUUUCGAGCGUAUCGCCGGUGAGUCCUCUCGUCUCGCUCACUACAACAAGCGCUCCACCAUCACAUCGAGAGAGAUCCAGACCGCCGUGCGUCUGCUGCUGCCCGGUGAACUCGCCAAACACGCCGUGUCUGAGGGAACAAAGGCCGUCACCAAGUACACCAGCUCCAAAUAAAUCUGUUGAAGCUUUCAACACCACAAAGGCUCUUUUAAGAGCCACCCACUUUAUCAGAUAAAUGAGCAUCCAUUUUAACUGUCGAGUAAUUGAUUAGAAGUUAAGCUAAAGGCGUUUUUGUUUUAUAAAUAUGAUUUUAUAAAUUAUGAUUGAAGUCGUGUAACUUUAACAAGCUUCCUAUUAUGUGCUUCAAACAUCAAGUUGGGUCUUCCAUGAAUUUGAAUUCUGUCAGAGCCACAUUUGGGAGUACUAAAGCAAGAUUUGUUUUCAAUUGGUAAUCCAUAGAAACAUUUUUUUCCUUUCAAUUAGAUUAUAAUAUGAGUAAAUGGGUAUUCAUUUUGUUAUAUGAUGUAAGGGACUGACUGAAAUAAUUUGAGAGAUUAAUGAUA